AUGUCUUACACAUUUUCAAAAUUUCCUGAAAGGGUCUCAAAGCUUUUUAAACCACGGCCACCACUUCAAUAUAAAAAACCAACCGACUACCCACCUGAGCUACGAAAAACUCGUUCUAUAUCCCCUCUAUCGACUCUACUAUCAACAGAUGCCUUAACUCAGUAUUUGAAGGAUUUUCCAAGUGGCUCUGACAAUAAGCAUUUAGAUACAUACGAUGAGAUCAAGAAUACCAAAGCGGACAACGAGAAAUUCCUGGAAAGCGAACUAGUGAAGUGGAACCCUGCUGAAGAUGGCAAUAUCAAGGGCACGGAUCCAUUUCGGACAGUGUUUGUAGGGAGAUUACCGUACGAGGUGGAUGAACUAGAACUUCAGAAACUAUUAAUUAAGUUUGGGGACAUUGAAAGAGUCCGAGUAGUAAGAAAUAAGAAGACUAACCAACCCAGAGGGUAUGCAUUUGUCCUAUUUAAAGAUACAGAAGGUAGCGCAAAGGCAUAUAGAGAGAUAGGUGUACACCGGGGCAUGUUAGUAGCAGGAAGACCAAUAAUUGUUGAUAUUGAGCGUGGUCGUACAGUCAAGUAUUUUAAGCCCAGAAGGCUUGGUGGUGGUCUUGGAGGCAGAGGCUACAUGAAACGAGAGAACUUACAUCAAUUGAGCUUAACUGCGGCUGCUAAUCUUGGGAAGAGUCCUGACGGUGAUAGAAGACACAAACAUGCUUCAGCUGGACCUGGAGGGAGGUUUCAGGGACACAAUCCAAGCUACCACAGCAAUAGCUACUAUGGAUCCCAUUCUGGCCCUUCUUACGGUGGCUCUAGGUUUUCGAGAGAGGGGUCAACGUAUGUUCCAGCUUCUUCAGGAAACCAUUCAUACAUAUCAUCAUCUGCUACAACUCCUCCAUUAUCAGAACCUGCUCAAGCUACAACGGCAUAUAGAUCAAGAAGGGAUAGAAAUACUAGUGCAGAGAAAACUAAUCCUCCAUCAUCGAUGGAUUACUAA